AUGAUAGUGAUAAAGCGCAGUUAUAAAGUUUGUAUUGCCGUUCUACUUCUGCUCCGGUUUCUCUUUUCUACCGCGCUUACGGAUUCUAAACUUCAUAAGGCAUUCCUGAGCAGCUUUCGACGAGCCCCUUUUUUACCCACAACAUCCCACGUUAAAGGGCUAAAUCUGAAAUCUUUAGAGCCAAGUGAAUUCAGUGAGGAUAAUUUGAGAUGGCAGUUAGCUAAAUACUUUCCAUAUAAUCCUGAUAGUAAAAUUCCAAAACGCGUAUGGCAGACAUGGCGAAAUCCGCUGGGUUCCAGGAGAUUCCCAGCUAAUUUUAAAGAUUAUUCUGAGCAUUGGCAAUCGAUUACUUCGAAAUCCAAUGGAGGUUACAGCUACAAUUUUAUUUCAGACAACGAUAUGCUCCCUGUAUUGGAAAGUCUGUACGGUGAAAUGCCGCUAAUUAUCAAAGCAUUCAACGCAAUACCGAAGCGAAUAAUGAAGGCAGAUUUCUUCCGUUACUUGAUUAUUUAUGCUAGAGGAGGCAUAUAUUCGGAUAUAGACACAGUUCCUAUUCAAACAUUAGAUCAAUGGCCAUCCGCCAAUAGAAACUCUUUGGAGAAAUAUCUUCAAAACCGUAUAAAGUAUGGGCCAAACUCAGAUCAGGAAUCUAACUCAAAUGUCAGAGAGCCUGGGCUGGUAAUAGGUAUUGAAGCAGACCCGGAUAGGCCUGACUGGUCAGAAUAUUACGCAAGAAGGAUACAAUUCUGCCAAUGGACAAUACAGUCGAAGCCGGGACAUCCCGUUCUUCGUGAAUUAAUUCUGAAUAUCACGACCACUACACUUUUCAGCACACAAGCGAUUACAGUUACGUCAAAGCAAACCAAAAUGUUUGAAGAGGAGCAUCUAGACGACUACAACGUAAAUUUCAGGCACAAUAGGUUACAUGACAAGAAUUAUAAACACCAAGAAAAGAAAACGGACAAAAACUCGGAUGGUACAGACAUAAUGAAUUGGACUGGACCAGGGAUAUUUUCAGAUAUAGUUUUUGACUAUUUUAACAACCUGAUUUCUUCAGAGAAGGAUAUCCCAAUAUUUAAUAACAACCUGCUGGAAAAUGAUGUCAUAACAGGUGAAAGGCGAAGCUACCUCACAAGUACCUUAAAAUUUUACGACGAGAUUCAGAAAUCCUUGAUUACCCCUCUUCCGAAAAUUGGAUGGGAGUUCUUUUCGUUAAUGCAAGAUCCAGUUGUCAUUGACGAUGUUGUAGUAUUACCUAUUACUUCAUUUUCUCCUGGGGUUAAUCAGAUGGGUGCCGAGGAUAUAGAUCAUCCAUUGGCCCUUGUUCAGCAUCUCUUUGAAGGAACUUGGAAGGAAUGA